AUGACAGAGAAGGUUACUGAGGCACCAACUGUCAACCAGUGGCGAAGGUCACUGAGAUCUCCCAGUCCUGGCCGUGGACAGAGGCAAAGCAGAAUUGAUGGCUUUACCACAAAAGUGAGGUCACAGACACCAUCUCCAACUCGUUCUAAAAGCCUGAGGGAUCUGAAGCCAUUGCAUCGGUCGCCCAGUCCAUCAGCAUACACUAAAGUUUCUUACAGCACUGAUCUGACACAGAAGUCAAGCAUGAAGAAAAACACUGUGGCCAACAACCUGAAGAAGAGCAUUGGAAGCAGUCUAACAGCAGAUCUGAGUAUGAGUGGGAAACUGAACAAAUCUGCCACAGAACUAGCCAGUAUAGAAGCAGAGUACAUCAAAAACCUUCAGCAGCAAAUCUACUGUUUGGAACAGGAAGCAGAUUAUCUUCGAGAACAAGCAAGGAAGGCAGUAGAGAUGCAUCCUCACAUGAGCUUGGAAGCUGAAAGAAUGUUGGCUAAGUUAAAGGAAAUGCAGACGGAGAUAGAGUCACUGGAGUUUGAGCUGAGAAGAAAAGAUUCAAGUAUAGGCUUACAUUCCUCAGAGAAGGAGAGACUGGCAGAAGUGCUUCAGUUUGAGAAAGAGAACAGACAAAGAGACAAACGGCUUAUGACAGACGAGCUAGUGACUAUGAAGAAAGAAAAGGACAGACUUGAGCGAGAGCUUUCUCACAAAAAUGAACAAAUCCUGAAUGCUAGAACUGAACUGGAGAAAUCCGCCAUUGCACUCAAAAAUGCAGAAAUCAAAAUUAAUACUCUCAGAGCUCAGCUGGAACAAAGAGUUGAACAGCACAAUCUGAGCCAGCUUGCGUUGGAAGAAAAACGUGCAGCCUUUUUAAAUGUGGAAAGCCAGCUGCGAGAACUGGAAGAAAAGUAUAUCACCAGUACGGUGACUAUUAAAGAUAAACUGACCCAGGAUCUAAGGGAUGAAAUCCGCAUGUUGCACCAGAAAGUGAAAGAGGCUGAAAUGGCAGCAGAAAAAGAUAGGUACCUCCGAGACAAAGUGUCUGAUGACAUGGCCAGCCUUAUCAGGGAAAACUCAACUUUGAAUCAACAGAUUUUAGAGUUGUCUAAACAGCUUGACAGAGAAAGAGAAUUACGAAAUUCUACUGACCAGCUUCACACCAGGACUGUUGCAGAAAUUAUUACUCUCAAGGAAAAACUUCAUGAGAAUGAUAUUCUCCGAGAUCAAAUAAGACUUGAGCAGGAGAAGUCCAGGCAGUACUUAGAGCAGCUGACAAAUGAGGGAACCUCCAGCAAGCAGUCUGAGCUUCAACUAAACACGAUAAAGUCUCGCCUCAGAGAGACUGAGGAGAUGUAUAAAGUUAUUGAGUCUGAAAAUUCCCAGCUACGUAGGGACAAGGCACUGCUUAUUGACCAUGUUGCAGAACUGCACAAGAAGACUGAAGAUAAAGAUAGAGAAAUACUGAACCUACAGAACAGAAUAGGUGAUAUUGCAGCAAAGCUCAGAGGAUCCGAUCUACAAAAAAGCAUGGAUUUAACACAUCAGAGUCAAAGAUGGGAGGAGUUUUCUCGUUUGGCAGACAACAUGAAAUCUCUGUCUCAGUCUAUGCAGGCCCAAACUUCACUCAAUGUUGUGUCACCUCGUCGUUCACCAUAUCAGUAUUAA